GAUAUACUGGCAAAAGGUGUAUUUUUCUUUCCUAUCCACUAUGAUGAUUCGUCACCCAGGGGUUCCCUUCCUGAGGGAGACUGGGAUGACUGCACCUGAUCCUCGGAAAGGAGACUAGCAAAAAAGACAAACGGAAAAGCCAACAGGAGGACAAGUAACUCUGAAUGACCUCUGUAAAGAACUCAAUGCUAAAGCUGAAAUACUGUUUAAGAAGAAGCACCGGUAUGGCUAAAUCCUAACAACACUGUGAGAGGUGGGAGGAGAGGCUGGCUCUCACACAGAGGGAGGGGCUGAGAGAGCAUGGAGCUUCAUUCACUGCUAAACACACACACACAUGCUCGGAAAAGCUGUUCUCAGGCUGAGAGAAAAGAGGGGAACGAAGGAGAGGACUUCUCGAUCACUGAGUGGUGACACACAGGAAAAACAGAGACACUGAGUGAGGCCAAAGAGGGACGGAGGGGUUCAUCAAACCAAUGAGAGCUGGGAGGUUUCAGAUCCUGUGACUUGUUCCCAAAGAAGACACAUUGGUCCUGGUCGAGGUACAGAGUCUUAGCUCCCAGGACCGACCUCCAAGAUGUCCCGGAGGAGGUCUACAGGGGACUUGGUGCCCAGUGACGUCACUCAGAUCUUAGCCCGGGAGGCGAAGGUUCAGCGUGGGCAGAAGAAGCCGGGUAGCUCCCUGGGACAGGCCUUUGGUUGGUUAAAAGGGAGCCGAAAGAAGAAGGGCCUCGGUAAUGGGCUGAACCGAACUGGAAUUGGUGUGACGGAUGCCAAGCAAGGACUUCAGAAUCAAGACCCUGCAAAAGCUGGCCCAAAGGGGAAUGAAGAGCAGAAGAGGUUGACCGUCCACUACAGCACUUCCCAGCACUUCCAGGAGAAUGUUUUCAUUGAGGGCAGCAGGCCACAGUACCUGGAGGAUCUGCACACUGAGGCCCAGGAGGGGCUCAAGAUACAACAGCAGGAAGAACACCCAAAUGGACUCAAUUUACCUGACAACGAGAGCAUUGCUAACGUGAUCUCUCUUUUAGGGUCAACAUUUAAGCCUCUGAAUCCAGUGAAAAGACUAGAUAAGAGCAGGAAGAGGGGCAGGAGGACCACCAUCAUGGGCAUACCCAACCAGGUCCAGAAAGAGCUCGCAUUGCACAGAAGCUUCCAGCAGCUCGUUUCAACCCCGAAUCAUGACGGAGAUCUCAGUAACAGCCAAUCAGGCGUAGUUAUCAUUCCUACAGUUGAUGGAGGGACUCCAGAAGCAAAAAAGGAGGGAGCAAGAGUGCACCUUUCAGAGCUAGAGGCAUCCAGAGAUGAACAGCUGCUGAGGAAGCAACUCCAGGCAAUGUACCAAGACGAGCAGCCUUUCAACCACCAGGGCCUUGGCUCCUAUCUCUGCCCCAACUCAUCCAUGAGACCCAAGUCCCUUGCAGUACCUGGCAUGACCACUUCCUCCUCCUUCUGUCCUUCAACGAUGUUAAGCUUCCUCCAGGAACGCCAGGGCCCAGUGAUGUCCAUGUCUCCCCAGGCCACCUACAUGUCUACAAUCAUCCCUAAUGCAGUCUUACCCAGCUCGAUUCACGUCAUAGAGAUCGACCGCAGCAGUAGCCGGAUGCGUGGCGGCAGUGUAAACCAUGGCAGUAGUGUCCGCACUGUAAGCAAGAGCAGUCUGGCAUCAGGGGACUUAUCAGUCAGCCCUUUUUUGUCCAGAAGAUCCGAUGGAGAUGGUUCUCAGAGUGACAAUUCCCAAAGCGAAUCCACACUGAUGCUAACAUCUGCUUCAGGGUUGAACUGGAGCGAGACACAGUCUUCAAAGGUCAUUAUUUCAAACUCUUCUCCAGGAUCUUCUAAGGGUAGCACGCGUAGUAGUAACUCACACAGAGCGGGACCGAAUGGGCGGGAGAGCCAGGCAGAGCAGUGUAAUGGGGACCAAGACAUUGACAGUCUCCGUAGUUCAGUUAGCAUGAUCAGCAGCUUCAGCAGUAAAAGAGAAAAUGUUACAGGUCAAGAAUCUGAGUCUGAUGUUUCAGGGUCAGUGGCUGCUGGGGUCGAUGCAAAGACUAAACAGAAUUGCACUCGCAGUCUGUCGGUUAUGAAGACCAAGCAACCCCCGCCGCCUCCACGGAGAACAAACUCUCUGCAUAGUAAUAAGAUCAAGAGUAACUCCAACGUUCUGGUGGAGAUCAAUGACUCUGAUGGUGCAAAUGCCACAGAAAACAGUAUAGCACAAGAUGAGAACAAAUCAGUCAAGCUACAGAACUCCACUGGGUCAAGCUGUCUAGAUGCUUCCUCCAGUCCUUUGAACCCAACACAGGCCUCUUCCACUGGACACAGCAGCUACUCCCCACAGAAAACUCCCUCAGACGGGGGGAAAUUUGAACGCACCAUGUCCCCUUCCAGCGGCUACUCCAGUCAGAGUGGCACUCCAACACUCACCCCAAAAGGGAUCUCCCCAACCCCCCCUGACAAACAGAAGAAGAAACCUGUCAAACCGGAGAGAUCGGUGUCUCGGGCCUCAUCCUCAGCAGCUUCUCCUUGCUCCUCGCUUACCUCUCUAUCUUCUGGUACAUCUGAGCCUGUCAAUCCAGAUGCUUCCACAUGUAGCUCCAGCCUGCCUUCACAGGGAUCUCAACCCACUGUUGCAGCACAUGAACUCACUCCGAAUAACAUUUCUUCAACUUUUGCAGCUGAAGUCAGAGAACUGUUGAAAAUCCCUCCACCUCCCAAAGUCAAAGCGCCAUGUCCUCCUCCUCCAGAGACAUGGGUUCACAACAACCGCACCUUUCAGUUACUGUGUGGGCCAAACCCUAAUGUCAGCAAAGUAAUCCAGAACCCAGCGCAGAAACAAGACAGCACAGUUAAACAAGCAGGAACCCAGACUGAAGACAUCAAGGAGAUACCAGAUUCAGUUGAAAAACAAUCAACUAUUUGCCAAUCUGUUUUAGAAAGCCAAGUAAAACCUGAGAUUUUGUUAGAAACAAGUUCUGAAGGUCUUAACAAGGAGAUGGAGAAUAGGGAAUGUCCAAAUAACAAACAAGAGGAGAUACUAGUAAGUUCAGAUGUUCAAAAACAAGAGCAGAGUAGUAAGCUUGUGGUGAAGGACCCUAAGAGCCCGAAGAAAGAGCCGCCUCCUGUCAUGAAGAAACCAGUGACAGUACUGCACAAAGAGGAAUUGGUGAAGAAAGAGAGUGUUAGUGCGUCUUCAGCGGUUCAUUUCCCUGUUGAGAACCAUACGACCACGUCUCAGCACGGGGUUAUAAUUGUCGUUGAUAAGAGUGACAACGAAAUGGCCAAAAGUGAGGUUGCAUCAGUAGAAGUCCCCAAAAUCACUAAGGUCUCGCCACCUCCUUCUCCCCCCCCGGCAUACCACCCCACACCUCCCCUGUCAAGAAAGACGCCUCCUUCAUCCGUGUCUUCGCCACCAGACGACUUACAGAGGGUGCAGGAGGAGAGCCACGUUGUGGAGUCUUGCUGGCCGCCCCCUCCACCUCCAAUGGACGGAGACUCUGUGUUUGAUGGAGGAGAUGACGUUGACUUUCCACCACCUCCUCCGCCCUUGGUGACAGAAAGUCUAACAAAUGUGAUGGACAGUUGCGUCACAGAUCUGGGUGAAACAAAAACACAGACGGUGGAGGAUAAAGAGACUAUUGAUGAUUCGAGUGAAGCCAACACAUCUGCACAUGGACAAAUUGCAGACGUGCCCCCUGCGGUACCACAAACAGUAACGGACAUCGAACCAGAGUUUGUUGUGCAAGAUUCAGAAUCCAACAUUGCAGAAGAUACUAUUUGCAGACCAGUGCAGAGUUUAGUAUCUGUUUCAGACUGUGUCCAAUCUCCACCAGUCGUGGAAACUCUUUUGGCAUCCAUUACAAAAGCAGAUCACCCAAUGUUGGAGUCUACUUUGGUUCCUCCAAGCAGUUCCCUGAAGCAAGACUCUCCCAAACUUGAAGAUCAGUCUCCCAACGAGGCUCCCGUCAGCGCCAAACUUCCAGUUAUUGUCCCAGUGUCACCGCCUCUACCAGCAGAGAGUUUGACCCAAGGGGUUAACUUCAGACGGCAACCAGGCGUACCAAACCGAGACGCCAGAAGCAAGGAGCUCCUUUCCCGCCACAAAAGUGCACUCAUUCCUAAAGAGGACGCUAACAUACCUCUGGUGACCCCUUCCCUGCUUCAGAUGGUUCGUCUCAGAUCGGUCAACAUGACUGAAGAUGUGGUGAAAGCGGAGGGGGAGGACAAAACAACAAAUCAGGGAGCUUCAGUUCAGGACAAUUGCCCAGUCUCAGUCACAGGAGCUCAGAACAUUCCACAGAAGCCCAUCCGCAAGUCUUUGUCACUAAAAUCCCCCCCUCAGUCAGUAAAGACAUCCUCGGUCGCCCCUUCCAUGCGCUUACAGGAAGCCAUACGUAUGAAAACGGCCGCCAUGUCUUCAAGAGGUGGUCUCCCAUCCCGACUGGGCGUUAGAUCCACCUACAGCUCUCUCGGGGAACAUGGCGCUCUGUCGUUGAAAUCAGCCGAGGGAUCUGAAAUGCUCAAGACUCCAGCCUCCACCGCCAGUUUUAUCUUCUCCAGGAGCACAAAGAAAGUUGUGAUAGAGACUCCAGCUGCUUCCUCCCCUGAAGCUCAGGUGAGUCUGAAGCAGAGUUUGGCGGCCGAACUCAUGCAGGUGUCUGACCAAUCAAAGGCCACCGUUUAUUCCAAUGGCGGGGUGAAGUUGGACAGAGCUCCUCCACCGGUGGCAAAGAAACCAGCCUCUGGGAGCAUCAGCCCUCCACCCAGUGCACCUGCUGGUUCAUCGAAGACGGACUUCGGUGUUGAAGGGAACGGAGCGAUAGGAGCAGUGCAACAUACGAGUGGAGUAACGCAUCCUGAGAUGACAACUACGAGAGUGACAGCGGACACAAUUGAAACACUGUUUUGAAGACUUCAAGCGACUCACAGCAAGGACUGACAUCACUGAAAGACUUCAACUCAACUAGAGUGUGUCUCCAUAAAGCCUUAGCCUGUAACGGCCUUCCUACAUAUUUAUGCAAAAAAGAACAUGUCGCUCCCAAAUUUCUAAUGAUAGCUUUAUUCUGGAGUAUUUUUCUAAGCUAUAGUUGAUCUCUUAUUGUCCCCCUCAGGAUGAAAUGGUGUACAUUGGCCUAACUGUAAAUAUCGAGCUUGUGUGAGAUCGCCUCCCAGAGGUAGGGUUAGGUAAUGGAGCUCAGAGAAAAGGAUUUAUCCAUGAUAGAGCUUUUUCUGUACAGAGGUUUACUGUCUAUUAAGUCUUUUUUUGCUUGUUGUAAUAUAAUACAUAAUUAGGCAGUGGUCAGAAGAUGCUGACGAUGGCAUCUGCUUUAGAAUAAAUGGACAUUUAUAUCACCAAGAUCAGAGAAAACUCAUCGUUAAAGGUGGGUUAGGUAAUUCACUUCAGAAACACUUGUUAUAUUCCACGGAAUGCUCUUAAAAUCCCGAUAGCAAUGAAUACAUGAAAUGCUUUGACGAUAAAUACAUAAACACAUUUCAUCUGUGGAAGCCGUGGCGCUGUAAAAAGCACGACCAGUUUUUUAGCCUACCUUCCUGUCAGCCUUCCAUCUCUGCACAAAUGUAUCUCGUGCCCUCAUAUUGGUCAUGUGCGCGUUCGUGUGGGUUGGAGGAGGGGCUCUGUAAGGAAGUCUGAAGGAAGGGGCAGAUUUUUUUCGGCUGCGUAGUUUCAAAUUCUAGCGCACUCGAGCUGGUUUCUCCAUUCUUACCUACCUUUAAAUUCAGUUUUACUCCUGCUUUUUUUAACUUCGGAUAGCUAUAUCUGGAAAUGUAAUAGAGAAAGAUAAAUGCUGCACAAUAAAAAAAAGUAAGAUGAUUGUCAACAGAGACACUUUUGUAAAGCUACAGAUUAUAAACCAUUUAAAAAGCAUCUGAUUACAGCAGCUGUCUUUAGAGGCUUCUACACAAUCUGCACAAUCUGUUCCUGGGUUUAGUAAAGGUCAAUCCAUUCUGAGAAACACGUCAGGACAACGGUAACACGAGCGUCCUAUUUAUUUAUGUGUGGUUCUUUCCACUUGUAGCACUGUCGGUCACCUUUUCCUACCAAAUAUGAAAUAUUUUAGUUUCAUCUGACAAACCGCUCUUAGGGCUCUAGCUGUGAUGUAGCCCGGGAUGAUUGAUACACUGGAGUAGCUGAGUGUGAGGUCAGUGUUUUUAUUAAAUGUGCUGCAUCUAAAACUGUGGCCCAAGCCUUUUUUAGUGGAAAAUCCAGCUUAUCACUAUUUGCACAGAAUGCUUUCCCCCAGCAAAAUCAUCAGAGUGAAUUAUACUGACUCUUCGUAAAGGGUCACCAAUCUUGAUGAUUAUAAAGAAUUAUGUACAGUUAUUACUUCUAUAAAUAAAAUGUAAGUGUAUUAAAAAUA